AUGGCUUCAAAUGUUCCCUCUCCUUCACCUAUAACAAGAAAGAAGAAAAGUUUAUCAAUCAAGGACAAAAUUGAUAUAAUGACUGCAAUGGAAAGUGGAAUGAAGAAGUCAGAUAUUGUUGCAAAAUAUGGCAUAAAGAAGAAUUCUCUGUCUUCCAUUAUGAAGAGCAAAGACAGAGUUUUAGAAGCCUUUGAAUCUCUGCAAUUUGAUCCUAAAAGAAAAAGGUUAAGGACUGCAUUUUAUACUGAUCUUGAAGAGGCACUGGUGAAGUGGUAUAGAAUGGUGCGGGGCUUGAAUGUAACAAUCAGUGGACCAAUGCUACGUCUCAGAGCUAAUGACAUUGCUCAGAAACUUGGACAUAGUGAUUUUAAAUGCAGCAAUGGUUGGCUGGAUCGUUUUAAAUCAAGGUAUGGAUUAAAAUUCAGAUCUCAGCCUGUAUUAGCUGCUACUAGUACUACUACCAUUUCUCCUACUACUACAAUGAAUGCUGAAACAGUUUGGUACCAAAACAUCCUUCCCUACUACUUAAAGGUUUUUCAACCAAAUGAUAUAUUUAACAUGAAGGAGACAGGAUUGUUUUAUCAGCUAUUACCUAUUAAUACUUUUAUAUUUAAAGGGAAAGAAUGCUCAGUAGGGAAAUUAAACAACGACAGAAUAACUGUACUGGUUGGUACUAAUAUGGAUGCCUCAGAAAAACUUCCUUUGCUUGUCAUUGGAAAAAACAAAACUCCCCCCUGCUUUCAAGGUGUGAAGUCACUGCCUGUGGAAUACCAGGCAAGUGCUAUGGCGUGGAUGACUUUGGAAGUGUUUGAGCAAUGGCUAUGCAAGCUUGACAAGAGAUUUCAAGCACAGGAGCGGCAAGUUGUCAUUUUUGUAGACUUUUUUCCUGUUCACCCAGAGGUAAAACAUUUAAAGUCCAUCAGACUUGUGUUCUUUCCUUCUUGCUCAUUCUCCAAAUUCUCAGCAAUGAAACAUGGAAUUAUCAAGAGUAUGAAAAUCAAAUACUGGUACCUUCUUCUUAAAAGAUUUGUCGACUGUGUAGGAGGUGGUAAGGAAUUAACAUUGUCUUUGCUUGAGGCAGUUGAUAUGUUACACCUGUGUUGGAGAGCUGUGUCUCCAGAGACUAUUAUAAAAAGCUAUAGAGAAGCAGGGUUUACAUCACAAGCUGAAAAUUCUGAUGUUAAUGCAGAAGCUGAAAAUAAUCUAGAUUUGGCUGAGUAUGCAUUGGCUGCAGGAGUAGAGCUUCCAAAAAGCUUGUCUUUGGAAAAAUAUGCAGCUUUGGAUGAAGACUUGCUCACCUGUGAAAUGAUGACCCCUAAAAGUGAAAGACAUUGGGCUAAAAAACACACUUCAAAUGCAAUUUAUGAAGAGCAUGAAGGUGUUGCGUUUCCAGGAGAUGAACACCCUUUACCAUCCAAGAAUGAGGCCCUUACUGCUUUAAGCACGCUUCGCAGAUUUCUUAGAAGUCAAGACUUGAAUGAGUCUCUUCAUAACUCCCUGGCAGAUUUAGAGAACUGUAUUCAAUUUGCGGCUUCUAAAUAA